UCCGCGGCGUGAGGCGGCGGCGGGGGCUGGACCCGUUACUAGGUGGGGUUUAUUUGGAGUAUAAAUUCGACCUGUCUGUCGCCGAAUCGUUCCUGAAACCACAGUGAGACAAACUUCUCCUUUCUGAAGCUUCCCGACAGACAGCAGCAGUCCCACCAUGUCUUUCAUUCAAGCCUUCAUGCAGCAAACAGUCUAUCUGGGCUUGCCCGAUGAGUCGGUCUUAAAGAACGAGGGAACGGUGAAUCCAGCACUGAAUUUCAGCGCUAGCGGAGAUGCAGCAGUCUUGGAUAAGGCAAUCAAGACAAAAGGCGUGGAUGAAAACACGAUCAUUGAAAUUCUGAUCAAGAGGAGCAAUGAGCAGAGGCAGAAAAUCAAAGAGGCUUACCAGCAGGCCAGUGGCAAGCCUCUGGAGACGGCUCUGAAGAAUGCUCUGAAGGGAGAUCUGGAGGACGUGGUGCUGGCUCUGCUGAGAUCACCUGCCCACUAUGAUGCCCAACAGCUGAAAUUGGCCAUGAAGGGUCUUGGAACAGAUGAGGACACCCUGAUAGAGAUUAUGGCUUCCAGGACCAACAAACAGAUCGUGGACAUAAAGAAAGUUUACAAGGAAGAAUACAAGAAGGACCUGGAGGAGGACAUCCGAUCUGACACCAGUGGAGACUUCAGGGCUGCUUUGCUUGCCCUCUGCAAGGCCGGCAGGACUGAGGGAGUCAAUGAGCAGCUGAUUGACAGCGAUGCCAGGGCUCUGUACGAGGCCGGAGAGGGGAGGAAGGGCAAAGACUGCUCCGCCUUUAUUGAAAUCCUGACCACCAGGAGUGCCCUUCAUCUUCGCAGAGUAUUUGAAAGGUAUUCAAAAUACAGCAAAGUGGAUGUGGCCAAAGCUAUCGACCUGGAGAUGAAGGGAGAUAUUGAAAAUUGUCUCACAGCAAUAGUGAAGUGUUCUGGAAGCAGGCCUGCUUACUUUGCUGAGAAGCUCUACUUGGCCAUGAAGGGUAAAGGCACCCGCAAAAGUAUCCUGACUCGCAUCAUGGUGAGUCGUUCUGAGAUUGACAUGAAACGAAUCAAGGAUGAGUACAAGAAGAACUACGGCAAAACUCUCUACCAAGAGAUUCUGGAUGACACAAAAGGAGACUAUGAGAAGAUCCUGCUUGCUCUCUGUGGGGGUGAAAACUAAAAGCCCAUCACUAGGAUCCAGCUUCCCAGCUUCAAAAAGCGGAUCUCCCAUUAUGCCCAGCUGCAGCAAAAGCGUAUCUAUUUACUAGUUUUGUGCCUCACAUGCUUUUGAAGAACUGUAAUGACAGUUGUCUUUGUGACUGUCAUGACAUUUAGCUAUGAGCCUAAGAUUAAUAUAGUCGGCACUUCCUUAGUGCACGUAUUAUAUCCUGUUAAUGCAUUUUUAUUCCAAAAUAUUUUAGAAGAGUUGCUACAACAACAUUACACAGAACCUAGGCUGGCACAGCUUUGUGCUCUGUUUCUGAUGCUCAGAGAGGCUGGCGUCAGUUAUUGGAGUGCAGCUGUUUACAGAUCACCAAUGUGCCCAUUAUUGGUAGUGUUACACUUGAAGGAGCUUUGACAAGUGCAAAUAAAAGGUUUUGUACUGAC